AUGGAUCCAAUUUUGAAGUACAUGGUUGACGGUCUGGCCCCGGACGAUAAGGUUAAGGCCUGGCGACUCCAAUUAAGGUCAGCUCAAUACAUGAUCAUGAAUGCAAAGUUAUACAGGAGAAGUCAUUGCUUCCCCAACCUCAAGUGUGUGACACUAGAGGACGGCCACAAAAUAAUGAAGGACAUACACGCUGGUGUAUGCGGUAACCAUGCAGGGUCCCGGUCUCUUGCACACAAGACCUUGAGGGCAGGAUACUUCUGGCCAACCAUAUCGGCCCUAGCCCAAACAAUAUCGAGUUCUUGCCACAAGUGCCAAAUGUUUGGAGUCCCGGACACCAUAGUUACGGACAAUGGCACCCAGUUUGACAAUGAUGAACUAAGGGCUUACACUGAGAACCUAGGCACCAGAAUCCUCUAUGCAUCCCUGGCUCACCCCCAGACCAACGGUCAAGUCGAGGCCAUCAACAAGAUAAUCAAGAAGAUACUGAAGAAGAAGCUCGAUGAAGCCAAGGGUCUUUAG